AUGGCUUCGAAACCGACCUCGGCUGUUUUGGUCGUGUCGGCAUUUCUGACUUUGGCUUUGCUCGUGUCCGGCAAACCUAACCUCAUCCCGGAGAACGAGGCCGAUCUUGAUGACUGGAUCGUCCGAAACAUGAGGGAGUACGACAAGCGGAAGGCCGUGCUCAAUACGAGGAGUGACGUCCCCGGCACGCACUUUGACACGGAGCUUGCGGCGGCUGAGGACGCAGGGAGAGUCAUAAGGGUGAAGAAGGACGGCACUGGAGACUUUAAGACGGUGACGGACGCCGUGAAGAGCAUUCCUACGGGGAACAAGCGGCGCGUGGUGGUGUGGAUUGGUGGGGGAGAGUAUAGAGAGAAGAUUCUGGUGGAGAUGACGAAACCCUUCGUGACGUUUUAUGGGGAUAAGAAUGAUAUGCCGUCGAUCACGUACGACGGCACUGCGGCGGUGUAUGGGACGUGGAACAGUGCCACAGUGGCGGUGGAGUCCGACUAUUUCGUUGCCGUGAAUAUUGCGUUUGUGAACUCAGCUCCUAUGCCAGACGGUAUAAGGAAGGAUGCACAGGCGGUGGCAAUGAGAAUAUCAGGGGACAAGGCUGCAUUCUACAACUGCAAGUUCAUGGGAUUUCAGGACACCUUAUGUGACGAUAAGGGAAGACAUUUCUUCAAGGAUUGCUUCAUCCAAGGCACUGUUGAUUUCAUCUUUGGCAAUGGAAAAUCCCUCUACUUGAAAAGUACCCUAAACUCAGUCGCGAAUGGAGUUGGGGUGAUCACAGCACACGGUAGAUCAGAAGCGCAGGACGAUACUGGAUUUUCGUUCGUGUAUUGCACCAUAAAAGGGACAGGUGACACAUUGCUAGGUCGUGCUUGGAGGGGAAGAGCAAGAGUUGUGUUUGCCUACACAUACAUGGGGAACCUUGUCGACAGAAAAGGGUGGUCCGACUACAACGACAAUACGCGUGCCAGCACUGUGUAUUAUGGAGAGUACAAGUGUUCUGGACCGGGUUCAAGCUCCAACGAACGAGUCAAGUAUGCAAAGAUGCUGAGCGACGUAGAAGCAAGACCCUUCAUAAGCUUGACCUUCAUCCAAGGAACGAAAUGGGUUCUUCCCCCUCCCAACCUCUAG